AGCCCGCAGCGCGGGGACUCUGCCCUUUCUUGCGCGUCUGCAGGGGACGGGGCUGGCGGCCAGCGGCCCCUCCAGGCAUGGAGUGCCCCGAGUGCCGCCACGUCUCCAGCGAGCAAGCCCCCAAAUUCUGCAGCCAGUGUGGACAGCGGCUGCUCCUCGAGCCUCCUGCGGCAGAUGCUGACGACUCCUUGGUGUGCUCAGCCCCCGAGGAGGAGACGGCGCUCAGAGAAGCACCCGAGGGGGAUGGGGGCCUGCAUUCGAUCCCAGGCCCUGUUGACCAGCAGGAAAAUUUAGAGGACCCCGAAUCGGACACCUCCUGGACCCUCGUCCAAAAGGGAGCGGCCCCAGAGGUUUGCGUACGUGCCGCAGACAACACAGCUGGCGAGAUGGAAGCCGUUUAUUACCCUCCGAAGAAGAAAAGGAAGCAGGACGCAGCCCUGUGGCAGGCGGAGCGUGCACACCCUGCAGAUGCAGACUGUGAGCAGAGUAAAAGGAAGAGAAAGAAGAAAAAGCAUCAGAACAUGACUGAUUCCUCAGAGCUGAGUUCUUGGUCCUCAUCUCUCUCUGGCCCUGCCACUCCAAGCUUGCUUUCAAGCCCUGGCUCCCUGGAUGCAGCCACACCCCACGGCCAAGCCCAGCAGGGUGACCCGGCCGGCGGGCCCCCCCAGACCCUGGACUGGGGGGCGCUGCCACUGGAGGAGGGCAGCCCUCUUGAUCCCCUUGUGCACGCUGAGGGUAGCAGCAGCCCCGUGCAACAUCAGACUGCUGUGCCCUCCCGAGACCGAGGCCCCUCUGCCUGUGAAGACCACCCUGUGGCUGCAGAUAUCACUCAGCAGCCUGGGUCCAGAGGGGACAGUUGUGAGCCCAAGGACGGACAGCAGGCGGAGUUGCCAGCGUCCAGGAUAACGGAAGCCAAGGACAAGUCGGCUGUUGCUGGGGGUAGAGGCAGUGAAAAUGGGGAUGGGAAGCUAGAAGACUUGAAGGAGGCGGAGGAGAGUAACAGCACUCAACCAGUGGCUGUGAAAAACAAGAAGGAGAGGAGUCAGAGCAGCGCUGCGCAGGUCACAGCGAGCACGCUGGGCCCCGGGGAAGGGAUCACCGUGUACUUCCACGCCAUCAUCGCCAAGCAGUUCGCAUUUGACCCCAGCUGCCACCAAGUGUUUGUGCGCGGGGGUGAUGGACUUGGGAAGCCAAAGUGGAAAAACGCGUGCGAGAUGCUGUGCACCACGGUCUUACAGGAGAAUGCCUGUCUCGUCGAGGGCAGCAUGGUCAUUCCCAAGCAGAGUGUGAACUGUGCCAUCCCGUAUAAGUACGUCAUUGUCCAAGGCCAAGACUCCGAGGAGUAUGAAUUCAUCUACAAGAAGCAGAAGAAAGGCGAGCCCGUCAACCGCUGCCUGUACAUGCCAUCCCACCUGGUGGCCAAAGGAGAAUGGCAUCAGUACGAUGACGUCUGCAUGAAGCCCCCUGGGAGGUUUCAGAAAGCCAAGGACUGGUUCACUGAUGGGACGAGGAAGGAGGUGGUGGCCGGGAAGCACAUGGCGACCGUGGUCAUGCUGGACCGCAUCUUCAGCGUCCUGCAGACAUGGAGCCUCAUCAACCUGAAGACCUUCUUUGCCCAGUUCCUGCAGUUCUACUCUGUCGUCCGAGAGGCUGUGGUUCACCAAGAGAAGAAGGAGACGUGGAGCGAUCUGCAGUACACAGAGAAGGAGGUGAAACAACUCCUGUGGGAGCAUUUGAAGAAGCAGAUGGCCCCGUUUGCGGAAGGCAAGAGUGGGGAAGCCCUGCCUAAAGACUUCCCAGUGAAAAGCAAACUACGGAUGGGCCUGAUUGUCCUUUACAUAGUGGAAAAAAUUCACAUUUCCUUAUCCAAAUCUGACAUCGCCCUGCUGAGCUCCCUCCUGGUCCCUACUGCCCAUUCACCAGAUACCCUGCACAGCGACCUAGACCACUUCCUCAGCACAUCCGAGAGGUGGCGAGAGUACCUGGUAAACCUGUGCCAGCAGUGCCUGGAGAAAGAGCUCCACCAGUGGCUGGGCACCCUGCCGGUCCUGCACUACUGCAUGCAGCUGAGCCCUGACCAGCACGAGCCAGUGAACCACCCGGAGGACACUUGGGCGGCCCUCGAAGGAAUCCUCUUCUCAAAGUUUCGGGAAGGCACAACCUUUCAGAAUGAAUUGCUUCAGUUUGUGGAAAGGAAGAAAUAUUUGCUGCAUCUGGAUGCGUACCUCUUCCGGUCCUGGUUUAGUUUGCUGCCUCUGGGAGCCCUGGCUCAAUAUGUGGAAAAAGCCACCGAGUUCCUGAACUGUGUGCCUGCUCACGUGCUGGACUGCUUCAUGGGGCUUGACUACCGGCUGGCGGGACUUGAGAUCUCUCACCAGAACGUGACGGAUGUUGAGGACAUUUUUAAGCAGCUGCUGCAGCUCGUGGACACUUACCAAGGCAUAAUUCUGGAGGAGACCCUGGUGCAGUACUACCUGCCUUUGGGCCUCAGGCUGCAUGAAGGUGUCUGCAGCAGCACGGAAAACUUGGGGUUCUACGAGAUCCUGGCCUUAUCUGCAGAGCUCAUCUGCAAGAUGAUUAAACUUCAGGCACUACAGGACACAGCAGGCCCAGGAGCAGAAGCCAGCAAGGCUGUGAUCCAGGGUGCUCUGACUGCCACCCGAAACUGGCUCAAGAAAGUGUUGCAAAUGAGCAUGUUGUAUCCGGCGCUGUCAGCUGCCAUGUUCACUUACCCCAAGGAGAUUAUGGUCUGGCAGCGGCUGGUGGACAUAGACUUCCCCGUGGCCCACGGCUGGAAAACAUCGCUGCUGGGAGACAUGGAAGGGAGACUCAAGCAGGCGACGCCACGCCUCCUGAUCUCUGCCUUCUGCAGCACUCUGUGGGAUGCCAACAUCCCCAACGACAGUGUGGCCAGGAGCUUCGAGAACUGUGUCUUCGAAGCUGUGAACUCUGCCUGCCAGUCUCAGACCAGUAUCCUUGAAGGACUCUCCUGUCACGAUUGCCAGAAACUUGGCAUCCUCAUGUCUGCUGUGGUUACCAAGUCCUGGCCUCGGAGCAGCGGGCAAGCAGUGGAUGACCCGGAUGAGAUUCUGAAAUACCUGCUCACGUGGCGGGAAGUGGAGCAGCUCUUCAAACUGUACGGAACCAAUGAGAAAAUUUUAGCCAAUAUUACAGAGGAAGGCCAGAAGUUGAUGGCGGUAGCCUACUCCGUGUUUACGAAAGUUGCCAGUGACCUCCAGGACGGGACCAUUUUAGUUGGACAAUUGCAGCUGAUCCUGCAGCAUAAGUCUCAGUUUCUGAACAUCUGGGAAUUGAAGAGAAAAUGUCCUUCGGUUCAAAAGGACCAGUGUAAUAUGAAGGAAGUGCUGGAAUGCAGGAAGACGGACCUGCGGAUUCUAAAGAGAGAGGCAAGAUGGGUCGACAGCCUCCUGAAGCUGUGUGGGAAGACAAGACACCUGAUACCAGUGGACUUUGGAAAGAUGGAGGCAAUACACUCUGAAGACCUCAGCACCAAGAGACUAAGCCAGGCCGUGACCGUGACACUGCCCACGUCCCCAGCCUCCAAGCACAUGACACAUUACAGCCUGAGCCCCCAGGUCCAAGAAAUGGCUGAAAUGAUAGACCUGCUGAAGGACAGCCACAUCUUUCAGAUUCUCUGGGAAGAGACCGCGGAGAGGCUGAGCAGUCCAGAAGAGGAACUGGAGCGGCCGAGCAUACAGCUUCCAGAAGUCUAUGCCUACUUGUACUUUCCUUGUUACCAAAAGUUCACUGAACUGUACCGCAAUCUGAUGUCGGGAAAGGUCACCUUUGCCAUAAUCAAUGACGUCUUCAGGGACUUUGUAGAUAAAUAUGGCGAUUUGGAUUCCGACCUCCAGGUCAUGUGUCUUGUGGACCCCAUCGCCCAGAGGGACUGGAUCCCUGUGCGCAUCCAGCAGAUCAGGGAGUACCACAGCCUGCACCGGGCCAUCAGCUCAGCCAAGGUCAUCCAGCACGUCAAGGAGAACUUUGAAUUGACGGGGGACUUCAGCAUUCUUCGCAUUUUAUUAAACUUUAACGAUGACUUCCAGAGCUUUUGCCAUGAGACACUGGACCAGAUCAGCCCACAGCUCAUCCAGGCCAAGAAGAAGCUGCAGAAUAUCAGCGAACCACGCCGCCGGUGCCUGGAGGAGCUGUCCCUGCAGACAGAGUUUGUCCGCUGGCUCCGUGAGGCGCUGGAAGGCAUCAACGAACUCAAGGUGUUUGUGGACCUGGCCUCCAUCUCAGCGGGGGAGAACGACAUUGAUGUGGACCGUGUGGCCUGCUUCCAUGAUGCCGUGCAGGGCUACGCCUGCCUGCUGUAUGAUCUGGACAGGGCAGCGGGCUUCAAGGUGUUCAUGAACCAUCUGACAGAGCUCUGGAAGGCUCUAGACAAUGACCCGAACCUGCCCAGUAAGCUGCGAGAUUCUGCCAGGAACUUGGAGUGGCUGAAGACGGUGAAGGAAAGCCACGGGUCGGUAGAGCUGUCGUCCCUGACCCUGGCCAAAGCGAUCAACAGCAAGGGCAUCUAUAUGAUUAAGGCACCCAGAAGUGGCCAGAAGAUUUCCCCGGACGCCGUCCUGAGCCUGACCCUCCCUGAGAGUCAUGGUGGCCCGGAGGAAGUGCGCAGAUACUCUUUGGAAGAACUGAAGGACCUUUUGAAUAAGCUGAUGCUGAUGUCUGGCAAGAAAGACCACAACAACGAGGAAGUGGAGAGGUUUUCAGAGGUGUUCUCCGGCAUGCAGCGGCUCCUGCAGGCCUUCCUCAACCUAUACACUGCCGGCAACAUGCUCUUCAGGGCCUGGACAGUUAAGGUUUACUGCUGCCCCAGGAAAGGUAAAUCCAUCCACAUGGACUUUGGCUUGAAGCUGGUGACCCAGCUGUCAGACAGCGGGGACGUCACCGCGUGCCUGGAAGCCCUCUGCAGGCAGAUGGAGCAUUUUCUGGACUGCUGGAAGAGAUUCGUGACCGAGAAGCGUGCUGAGCACUUUUACCUCAACUUCUACACUGCUGAGCAGCUGGUGUACCUGAGCACCGAGCUCCGGAAGCGCUACCCCAGCGAGGCCGCCCUGACCAUGCUGUCCUUCAUCAAAAGCAACUGCACCCCCCAUGAUGUCCUAAAGGCCAUUGAGGGGUAUAAUAGCAAGGCAUCCAAGUACAGCACGAGGACAGUGAUGGCAGAAUUACCACUGCAGCAGGACUCUGAGGGCGGCCUGGAGGCCAGGCUGCAGUUCAUCAUGGAGCAGUCCCUGCGGUGCCUGAGUGCCUUCCUGCCUGGCUGCCUCGACCUGGAUGCCCUCGGCUGCUGUCUGGCUCAGCUGGCUGGGAUGGGCGGGCCCCCGGUGGAACGGUGUCUCCCACAUGGCCUGCAUGUGGGCCAGCCCAACCUAGUCUUGUGUGGCCACUCUGAGGUGCUGCUGGCCGCCCUGGCCAUCUACAUGCAGGCCCCGGAUGAGCCCCUGCCCACCUUUGACGAGGUGCUACUGUGUACCCCAGAGACCACAUUCGAAGAGGUGGCACUGCUCCUACGCCGCUGCCUCACCCCAGGGGCUCAAGGUCACAAGGUCCACAGCCUGCUGUUUGCGGACCAGCUGAGCUACGAGGUGGCCUGCCAGGUGGAGGCGCUCUUCCACGGCCUGUGCACACAGCACCGCCGUGAGGACUACCAGCUGGUCAUGGUCUGUGAUGCCGCACGGGAGCACUGCCUCCUCCCCUCGGCCUUCAGCCAGCACAAAGCCCUCUUCACCCCGCAGGCGUCCCUCGUCCACAUCCAGGCCUACCUGGAGCACCACUACAAAGUUCCAGAGCCAAGUAUGGCGGCAGCUUCGGUGUUCAGAGACCGGACGUGUGUUGGGAUCGUGGCCUCCGAGAGAGCGGGUGUCGGAAAGUCUCUCUACGUGAAGAGACUGCAGGGCAAACUGGAAGAGAAAUUCAAUGCUAAAGCGAUGCCUUUGAAAGUUAUUCGGUUGACCGACCCAAAGGUGGAUGAGAACCAAGUCCUGGGCUCCCUCCUGCCUUUCUUGGCUGCAGGAUGCCAGCAGAUGCCCAUGAUAUUCCACUUCGACGUGACUGCUUCUGUACAGACUGGAGUUUGGGUGUUUCUUUUCAAACUCCUCAUUUUACAAUAUCUCAUGGAUAUCAAUGGGAAAAUGUGGCUUCGGAACCCACGCCAUUUAUACAUCGUUGAAAUCCUGGAAAAAAAGACAGUACUGCCAGAGAGGCCUUCAAAUCCGAGUGCGCAUGCCCUCCGGUUCAGUUUUCUUGAUAUCUUCCCCAAAGUCACCUGCAGACCUCCUAAAGAAGUGAUAGACAUGGAGCUGUCGCCCAAGAAGAGCUGCAAAGAUCCCGGGAUGGACCAGAGAAAGUUUCACAGUGAGACUUUCCAGAGACCUUACCAAUAUUUGAGACGAUUCCACCAAAACGAAAACCUAGACACCUUUCAAUAUCAAAAAGGCUCUGUGGAAGGCACCCCAGGGGAGUGCGUCCAAUACCUCUUGAUUUACUGUGGGGUGAUAAACCCUUCCUGGUCAGAGCUGCGGAACUUUGCUCGCUUUUUAAACUGUCAGCUCAGAGACUGUGAGGCCUCUGUCUUCUGCAAUGCAGGGUUUAUUGAGGACACAUUGAGGGGCUUCAAGAACUUUGUCGUGACCUUCAUGGUCUUCAUGGCGAGAGACUUCGCCACACCAACACUGCACACCUCUGACCAAAGCCCAGGGAAUUAUGCGGUCACCAUGGACGGGGUUGAGGAAGAAGACCUAGCCCCCUUCUCUCUCCGAAAGAGGUGGGAAUCAGAGCCUCAUCCGUAUAUUUUCUUCAAUGGCGACCGUGAGACCAUGACCUUCAUGGGCUUCUAUCUCCAGCCCAAUAACAAUGGCAGCAUCGAUGCCAUCAAUCACUUGAAUGGGAGAGUAAUCAAGAGAAAUGUCAUGACCUCAGAGCUGUACAGGGGGCUGUUGCACCAGAGGGUGCCCUUCAACAUUAACUUUGAUAACCUGCCCAGACACGAGAAACUUGAAAGGCUUUGCCAGGCAUUAGGGAUCCAGUGGCCCACUGACCCUGAUGAAACCUAUGAGCUUACGACAGACAAUAUGCUUAAGAUCCUGGCCAUUGAAAUGCGAUUCCGGUGUGGGAUCCCAGUCAUUAUCAUGGGAGAAACCGGCUGUGGGAAAACGAGACUCAUUAAGUUCCUCAGUGAUCUGCGGCGUGCUGGUGCCAACGCCGACACCAUGAAGCUGGUCAAGGUCCACGGAGGAACGACUCCCACCAUGAUCUACGCCAGUGUCAAGGAGGCCGAGAACAUCGCCUUUGUCAAUAAGGGCCAACUCCAGUUGGACACCAUCUUGUUCUUUGACGAAGCCAACACAACAGAAGCCAUAAGCUGUGUCAAAGAAGUUCUGUGUGACAGGACAGUCAAUGGCCAGCCGCUGAUGAACAGCUCUGGUUUGCACAUCAUAGCUGCCUGCAACCCUUACCGGAAGCACUCUCAGGAGAUGAUCUGCCGCCUGGAGUCAGCUGGUUUGGGGUACCGCGUCAGCGCCGAGGAAACAGCCGAGAAGCUGGGCUCCAUCCCCCUGAGGCAGCUGGUGUACCGGGUCCACGCUCUGCCACCAAGCCUGAUUCCUCUGGUGUGGGACUUUGGACAGCUGAAUGACACUGCUGAGAAGCUCUACAUCCAGCAGAUUGUCCAGAGACGGGUGGACUCCUCGCUGAUAGAUGCCAGCGAGAUUCACAUGAUCACAGAAGUGCUGUCCGCGUCACAGGGCUUCAUGAGGCAGAAAGGGAAUGAGUGCAGUUUUGUCAGCCUCCGGGACGUGGAGCGCUGUGUAAGAGUCUUCCAGUGGUUCUAUGAGCGCAGCAAAAUGCUCUUGGGAAAUCUUUACGCCUUUCUCUGCAAGUCUGGUGCCAGCAGAAAUGCCUACAAGAGAGAUCCGGUCCUCUGGUCCCUGGUGCUGGCCAUCGGGGUCUGUUACCACGCCUCUUUAGAAAACAAAGACCCCUACCGGAGAGCCAUCAGCAGGUUCCUACCGGAACCGUACACCGACAGCAAGGUGAUCCUGGAUGAGAUCACUCAGGCGCAAGAUCUUUUCCUGAAUGGCGUACCCCUCAGGAAGACCAUAGCCAAGAACUUGGCUUUGAAGGAGAAUGUCUUCAUGAUGAUUAUCUGCAUUGAGCUGAAGAUCCCCCUCUUCCUGGUGGGGAAGCCCGGCAGCUCCAAGUCUCUUGCCAAGACCAUAGUGGCAGACGCCAUGCAAGGUCAGGCUGCGCACUCCGAUCUCUUCCGCAGCCUGAAACAAGUCCACCUGGUGUCCUUUCAGUGCAGCCCGCACUCCACCCCGCAAGGCAUCAUCAGCACCUUCAGGCAGUGUGCCCGCUUCCAGCAGGGUAAAAACCUGAAGCAGUAUGUCUCCGUGGUGGUGUUGGAUGAGGUGGGCCUGGCUGAAGACUCCCCCAAAAUGCCCCUGAAGACGUUACACCCCCUGCUGGAAGACGGCUGCAUUGAAGAUGACCCCGCCCCCCACAAGAAAGUGGGCUUCGUGGGCAUUUCCAAUUGGGCCCUCGACCCUGCCAAGAUGAACCGGGGCAUUUUCGUGUCACGUGGCAUUCCCAACGAGAAAGAGCUCAUAGACAGCGCCAAAGGUAUCUGCUCUUCUGACAACCUGCUUCUGGACAGAAUCCAAGUGUACUUUGGGCCCUUUGCCAAAGCAUACAAAACGGUGUGUCAGACGCAGGACAAGGAGUUUUUUGGGCUCCGCGACUACUACAGCCUCAUCAAGAUGAUCUUUGCCGCGGUCAAGGCCUCUAAUAAGAAGCCUUCCCCACAGGCUAUCGCACAGGCUGUGCUCCGGAACUUCAGCGGCAAAGAUGACAUCCAGGCCUUGGACAUUUUCACAGCCAGCUUGCCAGAGACCAGGUACACAGAGGAGGUCAGCACCAUCGAGCUGAUCAAGCAGAACAUUUCCGGGGGGCUGCAGGGCACGGCAGGCACGGAGCUGGAAGACACGGAGUCCCGCUACUUACUCGUGCUGACGAAGAACUACGUGGCACUACCGAUCCUGCAGCGGACCUUCUUUGAUGGAGACCAGCGGCCAGAGAUCAUUUUCGGUUCCAGCUUUCCCCAGGACCAGGAGUACACACAGAUCUGCCGCAACAUCAACCGGGUGAAGAUCUGCAUGGAGACGGGCAAGAUGGUGGUGCUGCUCAACCUACAGAACCUUUACGAGAGCCUGUACGAUGCACUCAACCAGUACUACGUGUACCUCGGGGGCCAGAAGUACGUGGACCUCGGCCUGGGCACCCACCGUGUCAAGUGUCGGGUCCACCCCACCUUCCGCCUGAUCGUCAUCGAGGAGAAGGACGUCGUGUACCAACAGUUCCCUGUGCCCCUCAUCAACCGGCUGGAGAAGCACUUCCUGGACAUCCACACCGUGCUGGAGCGCUGGCAGAAGGACAUCGUGUGCCGGCUCACAGACUGGGCACAGGAGUUUGCCGAGGUGAAAGCAGGCCCAUUCCUAGCUGGGCACAAGUACAGCCCCGCAGAUGUCUUCGUUGGUUACCACUGGGACGCCUGCGCCUCCGUGGUGCUGCAGGCCACAGAGAGGCGAGGUCCCAGGCCCAAGACGGAGGAGCUGGACCGCGAGGUGAUGGAGGAGGCCAAGCUGAUCCUGCUGGACUGCGCCACGCCCGACGCUGUGGUGCGGCUGGGCACCUCCGCUCUGGGCACGUUUGCCGCGGCGGCGCUGUCACAGGAAUAUUUCUACCAGCAGGAGCAUAACUCCUUCGCAGACUUCCUGCAGGCCCAGCUUCGCACGGAGGGCCUGGAGCGCCACGCCAUCUUCACGGAGAUCACCACUUUUUCCAGGCUGCUGACCAGUCACGACUGUGAAAUCUUAGCAUCGGAGGUGGCGGGCGUGGCCCCAAAGCCCACCAUCCUGUCGCUGCAGCAGUUUGACACAGAACACUCGUUCCUCAGAGCAGUCCGAAACUGCUUAGCAAGUACAGCCAGCUGUAAAAUUCUCAUCAUUCAGACAGACUUUGAUGAUGGCCUUUACAGUGCCCAGCUCAUUGCCUCUGCCAAGUAUUCUGCUCUCAAUGAGAUCAAUAAAACACAAGGAAGGAACAGCUGUGUCUUGGUCUACUUUAUCACUAAACUGUCUCGGAUGGGAAGUGGAGCAUCCUAUGUGGGGUUCCACGGAGGGCUGUGGCGGUCCGUGCACAUCGAUGACCUCCGGAGGUCCCCAGUCAUGGCCUCAGACGUGACCAAGCUGCAGAAUAUCACCAUAAGCCAGCUGUUCGAGCCAAGCAGCAAACCUGAGCGGGAAGGCAGCCAGGAGGAAGAGAUGGACACGGACCCCAGCAGCUCAGGAGGAGCAGCUGAGACCGAAAUGGAGAUAAAGAGUCCCGAAGAGAUGGAGAUCGAACCUUCGGAUCCGGAAGGUGGCCGUGUACCAGUCCUGGACACCACCAGGUUGCUUCAAAGCUGCGUGCAGGGUGCUGUGGCAAUGCUCAGGGACCAGAACGAGGGCUGCUCCCGCAACAUGAGGAGAGUCAUCAUCCUCCUGAGCCUUCUAAACGAUGACAAUGACAGCAACGGCUUUUUCUUGUGGGUGUCCAAGAUGCGCCUCCAUGUUCUUCUGAAGAAGCAAGAGGAGAACCAGCCCAGCAGUUUGAAGGAGUGGGUGACCAGGGAGGCCUCAAAUCAGGAAGCCCUCCAGGAGGCGGGCACCUUCAGGCACACCCUGUGGAAGAGGGUCCAGGGCGCCAUCACCCCUCUCCUGGCGAGCAUGAUAGCGCUGCUCGACAGAGACGCCAACCUGGAGCUGCUGAGCAGGCCGGAUUUGCCGACCUGGGCGCGAGACCUGUGGAUGUUUAUUUUCAGUGACGAUAAGCUUCUGGACGUUCCACUUGUGCACACCAUGAGACCUAAGAGUGACAUGUCUUCCAUCCUGGUGGAGAACUGCAUGGCUGGGGGCGCCUCCAAUGACGUCCCCUUUAGCUGGAGAAUCAAGGACUACCUGGAAGAGCUGUGUGUCCAUGCUCAGUACAUCACGGAUGCCGAAGGACUGCCACAGAAGUUAGUGGAAAUCUUCCAGCAAACGCCUCUGGGUCAGUUCCUCACCCAGUUCCAUGAAGGGCAGCAGCUGGAGCUCCUAUACAGCUACUCGAAAGACUUCCUGCUCCUGACCAUGAAAGUGUCCACCGCAGAGGAGCUUGAGUUCCUGCAGAUGGCCCUGUGGUCCUGCCUGAGGGAGCUGCAGGAGGUGCUGGGACUGCCUGAGGGAGGCCUCUCCUUGCCAUGGGUGCACCUGGCCCACCAGCACUUCAGGCCGCGGCUGCAGAACUUCUCCCGAAUCUUGACCAUCUAUCCUGCGGUCCUGCACAGCCUCAUCGAGGCUGCCUCGAGGCACGACUUGGCUGGCUGCGAGAUGACACUGGACGUAUUUGCAGCAAUGGCCUGUGUGGAGAGGCUGACAGAAGACACCCUGAAGCCCAGUCCCCAGGCCUGGCUGCAGCUGGUAAAGAACCUGUCCACGCCGCUGGAGCUCAUCUGCUCAGACGGGUACCUGCAAGGCAGCGGGAACAUGAGCAGAGCUCUCGUCAGGGACAUUAGAGCCCAGUGGGAUCGCAUCUUCUCCAUUUCGCUCUUUGUGGAGCACGUGCUCCUAGGGACCGAGAGCCAGGUACCUGAGCUGAGCGGGCUGGUGACCAACUACGUCUUCUUGCUGAACAAGCGUCUUCUGGAGAACUCGGACAUCAAGAUGCACAAGCCUUUUACAGCUGUAAUGACCACUCUUUGUGAAUGCAAAGACCAUGCCAGCAAUACCUUUGCCAGGUUUGGUGUUCAGCCGUGCCCCAUCUGCCUGGGAGAUACGCAGGACCCCGUGUGCCUGCCCUGUGACCACGUGUACUGCCUGGCCUGCAUCAAAACCUGGCUGGCCUCUGGGGAGGAGUUAUGCCCCUACUGCCUAACCAACCUGCCAGACAACUUCUCUCUGACCAUUUCCCAGGAAUACAGGCAGGCCGUGGAAAAGCAUGCCCACUUCCGGCGCAUGUGCAACAGCUUCUUUGUGGACCUGGUCUCCACCAUGUGCUUCAAGGACAAUGCUCCCCCUGAGAAGAGAGUGAUCGACAGCCUGCUGGCUUUGCUCUUCGUACAGAAGGAGCUCCUGAGAGUCGGCCCACGGGGACACCGUGAACACACAAAGUCUCUUUCCCCGUUUAACGACGUUGUGGAUAAGACUCCCGUCAUCCGCUCCGUGGUGCUGAAGCUGCUGUUGAAGUACAGCUUCCAGGAAGUGAAGAAUUACAUUCAGGACUACCUGUCCCUGCUAGAGAGCAAAGUAUUCAUCUUUGAAGACAAAACUGAACUACACAUGCUCUUCAUCAACUGCCUGGAGGAUUCGAUAUACGAGAAGACCAGUUCUUGCUUCAGGAACAACGAGCUGAGCUACCUGAGAGAGGAAGCCCAUUUCCUCCAGUCUUGCUCCCCUACACGGCCUGGCCGGGAAACCACCGCUAUGGCCUCUGUCGAGUCCCUGCAGGAGUUGGCCAGGAUCCGCCUGUGUCUCGACAGGGCUUCUGACAUCCUCGCGGAGCUCCCAGAGGGCUCAGAGCUGGCCGAGGAGCGGCAGUGCUACCUACGGCAGGUGAAGCAGUUCUGUGACCUCGGCGGGAAUGACUGGUACCGUGUGUACCUGGUGAGGAGACUGUCCAGCCAGCAAGGGAUGGAUUUUGUGCAGGGGCUCUGCAGACGGAGCCACCCCUACCACUGGGCGUUCCCCAAGGGAGUCGUCACAGAGCAGAAGGACCGUCUAAGCCAGAUGGAUGGGUACCUAGUGUACGGUGACGAAUACAAGGCCGUUCGUGAUGCUGUGGGCCACGCCAUGCUCCAGUGCAAGACCGUGGGCAUUGGGACUGCUCUGAUGGCCUGCAGGAGCCCCAGGCCCCAGCAAGCAGCCUACUUACUGCUGGCACUGUACAGAGAGGUGACCACUCUGUUCUGCUCCCGCAGCGCAGACCUGCACCCUGCGCCCAAGCAAUGUGAAGCUAUGAACAAAUUCAUCGAGGAAAGCAAACUCCUGUCUCCUGAGAUCCAACGCUUUGCCACAGCCCUGGUGAGCAACAGCCUGCCGCUGCUGAGCUCAGGGCCUGGCGCCAACGGGCUGGAAGGGACAGUGGCAGAAAUGGCCAUUCAUGCUGCAGCCGUCCUUCUGUGUGGACAAAACGGAGUCCUGGCGCCCCUCAGGGGUUUGGCCUUCUCCCCGGCCAACAUGCAGUAUGCUUAUCUCCCGACCAUGCCUGAAGACCUGCUGGCCCAGGCGAGGCACUGGGGGGGCCUGGAGCGUGUCCAGUGGUACACUUGUCCCAAUGGUCACCCGUGCACCGUGGGAGAGUGCGGCAAGCCGAUGCAGCAGGCCCUGUGCAUAGACUGUCGCGCCCCAAUCGGAGGCCUUAAUCACAGACCCGAAACCGGCUUUCAGGUCAUCCAAGACAACACCGACAGAACUCAGACUGGCCACGUGCUUGGCAAACCACAGCCCAGAGGUGUGGCCGUGGCGCCCGACCGGGGGCUGUCACCGGUGGUCUUCGUUCUCCUCCGGCUGCUCACGCAUUUGGCUCUGCUUCUAGGAGCUGCCCACAGUCCCCAGGCUCUAGGCAACAUCAUUAAGCCUCCGGUGGGGGACCCAAAGGCUUUCCUGCAGCAGCACAUCCAGAGGGAUCUGGAGCAGCUGACCAAGAUGCUGGGGAAGAAUGCUGAUGAAACCAGCCUCAUGGUCCACCUGGUGCUGUGCAGGCUCCUCAGGACCCAGCAUCCCACCUUUGGCCUGAACACUUUAAAUUUUGAGGCACAAUUAUCAACCAAAGGCCAGAGAAACAAUUGGGAAAAAUACACAGAAGCUCUUCUCUUACCUGAGCUGGAGCAUCUAGAGAAAACCCUUCGUACCCUGAAUACUUUCAUCAGCCAAGAUGAGCGCAUCAGCUCCAGUCCCGUUACCAAGAUCAUAUAUGGUGACCCAGCGACCUUCCUUCAUCUGCCCCAGAAUGCUGUCCACUGCUCCAAGAUCUGGAGCUGCAGGAAGAAGUUCACAGUCGAGUACCUCCAGCACAUCGUGGAGCAGAAGAAUGGCAAAGAAACACUGCCUGUGCUCUGGGAUUUCCUGCAGAAGGAGGCAGAACUGAGGCUGGUGAAAUUCUUGCCUGAGAUAUUGGCCCUGCAAAAGAGCCUAGUGAAACAAUUCCAGAAUGUUCCUGAAAUUGCAUCCAGUUCCAUCAGAAAGUUUAUUAAAAGUCACAGUUCAGAUGGGCUGAAGAAGUUGUUUGAGGAGAGGAUCACUAUUUUUCUGUCCACAUGGAAUGCACUGAGGCGAUCGCUGGAGACCAAUGGUGAGAUCAAGCUCCCUAAAGAGUACUGCCGCUCUGACUUGGAUCUGGAUUCUGAUUUUGAAGUCAUCCUGCCACGUCGGCGGGGCCUGGGCCUCUGCUCUACUGCUUUAGUCAGCUACUUGAUUCGCCUACACAAUGAAGUUGUCUACAUGGUGGAGAACUUCUCCAAGGAAAACAACAGCUAUUCUGUGGAUGCCUCCGAGAUCACUGACCUGCAUGUCAUCAGUUACGACGUGGAGCGUGACCUGAUUCCGCUGAUUCUGUCCAACUGCCAGUAUCAAGUGGUGCAAGGUGGGGAGACCUCACAGGAGUUCGACCUGGAAAAGAUCCAGCGGCAGAUCAGGGGGCGCCUCCUACAGGGCAAGCCCAGGCUGACGGUCAAGGGGAUCCCUACACUGGUGCACAGACAUGAUCAGAACUAUGAGCAUCUCUUCAUGGACAUUAAGAACAAGAUGAAACAGAGUACCCUCCAGAGUGCAGCUAUGGGCAUCAUCAGCGGGCAGCUUCAGUCCUACAGUGAUGCCUGUGAAGCCCUCUCUGUCAUAGAAGUCACCUUAGGAUUCCUGAGCACAGCCGGUGGGGACCCAAACAUGCAGCUAAAUAUGUACAUCCAAGAAGUCCUGCGAAUGGGCGACCAGACAACUUCAGUUUUAAAGGCCUUAAGUAGAUGUCAAUUAAAACACGCCAUUGCCCUCUGGCAGUUCCUCUCUGCGCAUAAGUCGGAACAGCUGCUGCGCCUGAAGAAAGAACCAUUUCGGGAAAUCAGUCCAAGGUACAAAGAGGAUCUCAGCCUAGAACAUGCCAAGCUCCUCAGCACUUUCCUAAACCACAGCAGCCUAGACACCUUCCUCCUGGAGCUCCAUGAAAUGAUGGUGCUAAAGCUGAAGAACACUCAGGCUGAGGACAACUUCAACCCCAAGUGGAGCCUGAGGGACACUCUGAUAAGUUACAUGGAAACUAAAGACAGUGAAGUCCCUCCAGAUUUGGAAUCCCAGUUCCCAGAAGAGAUACUGUUGUCCAGCUGCAUCUCUGUAUGGAAAGCUGCUGCCACACGGAAAUGGGACCGGCAAGCGAGGUAGAGUGUGACUCCUUCAGCUCCUGUCUGGGACCCAACAGGAGAGAUGAGAUGGCUCCACCCCUCACCCAGCAGGACUCGAACUGAUUGUUGCACUUAGAGGAACUGGUGCAGCGUUGAACUCAAGUCCAUAAUACCGUUCUGCCAACAGCUCCGUGGGAGCUGCACUGCCUCUGCCUUCUAGAACACAUCCCAAAACGUUUUCGUUGUACUGUGAACACUGCUCAUUCCGGGUUAAGAGCUGCAAUUACAUGAAUUUGGAAAUCAGACCCCAUCCUGUGUUUUCCAGGAGAGACAAGUAGUGUCAAAGAGAUGGUCAUGUCCACUCAUGGUCUGUCUCAGGCCUGCCAACCUCUUUCUUUGAACUUCUGGGCCACAAAGGCCCUUCUUCCUCCCAUUACUAUGUAAAGAGGGGAAGUGAUAUGUCCUUUUAUUCUACUCUAUUCCACACUCACA